UAUUUUUAUCAACAAUUAGAAGCAACUUUGUUGUGUAUCAGAAACAGAAACAAGUUUCAUUUGAACUCAACUCAACUUCCCGGAAAACCAAACCGACGGAGCUCGUCAUUCGCCGCCGGGAGGAAACGCCAGAAAUCCGAUCAGGUUUUAUUCACUUGAUACAUGGAAUCAUCAGCUGAAGAGUAUGCUGCCUUUGAAGAGAAAGUAAAAAGGACAGUGUACUUAGAUAACUUGUCACCACAAGUUACUGAAUCUGUGAUUAGAACUGCUCUGGACCAGUUUGCACUUGUUAAAAGUGUCAAAUUUAUCCCCAACUAUCUUGGAACAAACAGUCUGCCACAAUGUGCAUUGGUGGAAUUGGAUUCUGCCAAGAAGGUGAAGGAAGUUGAAGCUAUGAUUAAGCAGUAUCCUUUCAUGAUGUCAGGGAUGCCGCGGCCCGUAAGAGCUCGUCCUUCGGUAAUGGAAAUGUUUGAUGACAGACCAAUAAAGCCUAAGAGAAAGAUUAAGUGUUGCUGGUUGGAGCAAAGUGACCCGGAUUUUGAGGUGGCAAAGGAGCUGAAGAAUCUUACACGGAAGCACUCUGCAGAAAUAACACUCAUGCACAAAGUUCUAUCAAAAGAAGAAGAGAAGUUAGCAACCCAGCAGGCUGAAACUCUUAGAGUGCACUACAAAAAGUAUAAGAUGAUAGAAAGCAUUAUGACUGACAGAGCAGCCCAUAAUUUGGCAAGAAAGUACAAUCUGGCUGUUGCAGAUGAGUGAAGGAUUCAUUUGGACUAACAAUUUAUUUGGAUUAACAAUUUAUGUAAAUAGCUUUUGUCUUUCUGAUUAGGAUCAAUUUUCACCCUACUACUCCUGCUAAAGAAAUCCUACUUGUACAUGAUUAGGGGUGGGAAUAGGCUAGGCUAGGCUAGGCUUUAUAAGGCCUGGGCCUGACCUACAAUAAAUUUAUAAGGCCUGAGCCUGGCCUAUGGCCUACUAUAGGCUCAUUUUUUCAGCCUGGCCUGGCCUUUUUAAAAGCCUGGCCUGGCCUGAAAGCCUAUUUAAAAGCCUCUUUCUUAUUAAUGUUUUCAAUUAAUUCAUAUUACUUAAGAAGCCUUAUAGGUCGCAUAUAUAUGAACAUUUAGACCGACCUAUUUAGCAUUUUUUUUCUAAUAAAUAUGCGUAUAUAGACCAAUCUAUUUAACACUUUUUCUAAUAUAUAUGCAUAUAUAGGUCAACCUAUUUAGACUAAUUUUAAUAUAUAUGAAAAUAUAGGUCGGCCUACAAGGCUUUAUAGGCUUUUUUAAUAGCCUGGGCCUGGCCUAUUUUAUUAAAUAGGCUUUUAAAAAAGCCCAAGCCUGGCCUUUUUAUCAAAUAGGCUUGGCCUGGCCUGGCCUUAAGUAGGCUAGGCUAUAGGCCCCUGUAGGCCGGCCUGGCCUAUUCCCACCCCUAUACAUGAUACAUGAUCUUCAAUUCCACCCUUGCUCAACAUUUGAUUCUUGUGUUGUUUUCUUGUGAUCACAUUCAUUGUUAAUGUUUUAGUGGAAGUUGUAAUGUCCUUUCUCUGUCUUUGAUGGUAUAAGGGACAACUAUUACACCUGGAUAUUCUGAAAUAUGAUAAGUAAAAGUGUCAUAUAUGUAUUGUAUACUUCUGGAAAUGUAUCUUUGAAGUAUUUAAUAUCUUUUUAUUACUUUAAAAAGUACAUAAUCAGAUACAUUGGACGUACUUAACUUGAUCUAUAUCUAAAGGAAGGUUAGUUGAUGAAAAUUCGAAGUAGUUAAUCCACUCACGAGA